UUUCCCCUCGAAGAUCAGCCCUUAGCCGAUGCUAUCGAAAAAGACCCUGGAAUCAGGGCAAUAUUUCAAUAAUGGGGUUCGUGAAAGUUGUGAAGAACAAAGCGUACUUCAAGCGGUACCAGGUCAAGUUCAGGCGUCGCCGUGAAGGCAGGACCGACUACCAGGCUCGCCGCUUCUUAGUUGUACAAGACAAGAACAAGUACAACACCCCCAAGUAUCGCAUGAUUGUUCGCUUCACCAACAAGAAUAUCACAUGUCAGAUAGCGUACGCCAAGUUGGAGGGAGACAUCAUUGUAUGCGCUGCAUACGCUCAUGAACUCCCCCGCUAUGGUGUCAAGGUCGGGCUGACCAACUAUGCUGCAGCGUACUGCACAGGACUGCUCCUGGCUCGCAGGAUUCUGAAGAAGUUCAACUUGGACAGUAUCUACGAGGGUCAGACAGAGCCAGAUGGUGAUGACUACUUGGUAGAGUCAGAGGAGGGCAAGGCCGGUGCCUUCCGGUGCUUCUUGGACGUUGGUCUUGCCAGAACCAGCACUGGUGCCAAGGUGUUUGGAGCACUCAAAGGUGCCGUUGACGGCGGUCUGGAGAUCCCUCACAGCAACAAGCGCUUCCCGGGAUACGACUCGGAAAGUAGUGAGUUCAGUGCAGAGGUCCACAGGAAGUACAUCUUUGGCGGUCAUGUUGCUGAUUACAUGAAAGAACUUCAAGAAGAAGAUGACGAGGCUUACAAACGUCAGUUCUCCCAGUUCAUCAAAAAUGACAUCACACCAGAUUCACUUGAAGCUAUGUACAAGAAGGCCCACGAUGACAUCAGGGCCGAUCCUGAGGCCAAGUCAAAGAAGGAUUUUGCUGGAAAGACCAAAAGAUGGAACCGUGCCAAGCUCACCCUGGCCCAACGCAGGGACCGUGUCCGGCAGAAGAAAGCAUCCUUCCUUUACGCCAACCAGUCUGUAGCUUGUGGCAAAAGUUUAACUUUUCGCUCUUUGCUCUUUCCAUUACAGAUAGCGUACGCCAAGUUGGAGGGAGACAUCAUUGUAUGCGCUGCAUACGCUCAUGAACUCCCCCGCUAUGGUGUCAAGGUCGGGCUGACCAACUAUGCUGCAGCGUACUGCACAGGACUGCUCCUGGCUCGCAGGAUUCUGAAGAAGUUCAACUUGGACAGUAUCUAUGAGGGUCAGACAGAGCCAGAUGGUGACGACUACUUGGUAGAGUCAGAGGAGGGCAAGGCCGGUGCCUUCCGGUGCUUCUUGGACGUUGGUCUUGCCAGAACCAGCACUGGUGCCAAGGUGUUUGGAGCACUCAAAGGUGCCGUUGACGGCGGUCUGGAGAUCCCUCACAGCAACAAGCGCUUCCCGGGAUACGACUCGGAAAGUAGUGAGUUCAGUGCAGAGGUCCACAGGAAGUACAUCUUUGGCGGUCACGUUGCUGACUACAUGAAAGAACUUCAAGAAGAAGAUGACGAGGCUUACAAACGUCAGUUCUCCCAGUUCAUCAAAAAUGACAUCACACCAGAUUCACUUGAAGCUAUGUACAAGAAGGCCCACGAUGACAUCAGGGCCGAUCCUGAGGCCAAGUCAAAGAAGGAUUUUGCUGGAAAGACCAAAAGAUGGAACCGUGCCAAGCUCACCCUGGCCCAACGCAGGGACCGUGUCCGGCAGAAGAAAGCAUCCUUCCUUUACGCCAACCAGUCUCACGACUAAGUCAUCAACUCCUCAUCGUCGUCCUCCUCCUCACAUCAUCCAAUAUCAAGUACUUCAAUUCCGGAAUAAACAAUGAACAUGAACUUCACAUGCAAUACUCCUCAUAGACAAUAUCACCUGGGGCUCGUAGAUACUGGCCAACAAUGAAUGAAUGAAUGAAAUAAUGGACUCGUUUGCGACAGAAGUGAUAACAUCGGCAACUGGCUUUGGGCCGGUAUAAAGUGGCUAAUAAAAUAUUGAUGACA